AUGCGUGAUUACUGUGAUUCAGAUGGCUUUAAAGAACAUCCACUUUUCUCACAAGACCCCUAUGCCUUACAGUUCAUUAUUUAUAUUGAUGAAUUUGAAGUGUGCAAUCCACUUGGAUCAAGGGCAACUAAACACAAGAUCGGUAUGUAGAGUUAGCAUAAUGCAGUAUUCUAUGAUGUGUACAAUCCUUUAAAGGCUAGGCAGACCCUUCAUCAGGACCAAAUUUAACCUACUUAGUUACAAGACUUUCCGUUGACAAGUAAUACUAUAUAUGAUGUUAGACAGAGUAAAAGAACAAAUAGGUACUAUAGGCCAUAUUUGGCUGCAAUGCAACUCAAUGGGUUAAUUCUGCUUAAAGACAGGUGUUUGCAAUACAGUAAAUCCACAUAAAUUAAUGAAUAAUACAAUUGAUUACCAUUAUCAACAAUGUUUAAUACAGGUGCCUUCUAUUAUACCUUGGGAAACAUCAGACCAGAAAAUAGAUCCCAUAAGAAUGCUGUUCAGUUACUUGGUCCGAUCUCGUGCAGGCACCUCAAAAAGUAUGGAGCAGGAGCUUUACUUGAUCUAUUCAUGGAAGAUUUAGCUAAGCUCGAACAAGUGAGUAAAACUGCUUUUUGCAUUACUGUAUUACUAACAUGUGUGCGAAGUGUACACACACAUAAACAAUUAUUCUGUUAUACAUACUGUAUAUUAUUUGUUGGUAUUUCCUUUGAAUUUAGAAUCAUGGCAUUAUGACUGUAUACAUUUAGUACUGGUACUAUAUGUAUAUAGUGUACAUGUGUAUAGGUGACCUAAUUACAUUUCUAUGUAGCUUACGAUGAAUAAAUGCAUGUUGUUAAUAAUUAAUAAUACUUGAUAUUAAAAAUUAUAUCACAUUUGUGUCGGUUCUCUUUGAACGUCCGAGGUUUAUAACUAGCUUAUAUACCUUGAAUAAAUGAUUAGAUUAAACUUGUAGACAAAACGCGAGAAUUUUUCAUUAAAAAUUUUUGAAAAUGACAAAAUAUGUUAGAAAACAUCCACAAAUGUAAUAUAAGUUAGUUAUAAACCUCGAAAGUCGGUUUAUAACUGAUAUAUUGCCCUCGGACGCCACGCGUCCUCUGGGGCAAUAUAUCAGUUAUAAACCUCCUACUCGGUUUAUAACUCUAACUUCAUGUCUAUUAUUGGCUGAGCAUACAGUAGAUCAAGGAAAUACAGUUGGCUCAGCUGACUUAUAGGCCUACUUUGGGGGCCAAGGUCGCCGUUAUUAUGUGCAACAUUGUGCGACAUUAGGCGACAUUGGCAAUUUUCAAAGAAAAGUAGUGUGCGUCGCUGGGCGAAACUCGGCGACAUUGAGCGACAUUAGGCGACAUUGGACAAAACUGAACAGUAAUAUCCAGAUAACGUCAAAUAUUAUAAUUCACAAAUUAUGCAUCUACAUAGAAAAUACAACAGUAAAUAUCCAAAUAUAAUUUAGUUAUCAAAAAUUGGUUCAUGUGGCAAAGAACACAAUUAGUUUAUUACAAAUAUCAAAAAAUAACAAGGAACAUUUAUCUAACUGCUAGCCUGACAAUUUACUCAAAGUUUAUACCGUAGUACACAUACAUGCCCAUGCAGUGCAUGGUACAUUUACAGUAUCAUGGAACUCUGACUUCUUAUUAAAUUGGCUGGGGUAAACACCUCAUAGAGUUUUAAAACUUGUUUAUGGACUGUGGUAUGCAGUUAUGGAAGUGAAAGAAUUGGCAUUUAAGGUAAAUAAAUUGUCAGCUAGCUAGCUAUCAUAAACAUGUACCAUGUAAAUCAUGUACCACCAUAACCAUGCUUGAAAUCUAACCCACCAAACUGGCAAACAAAUAUCUCAAAUAGUGAUAACUAUAAAUAUUAUAGUUUCAAUAAAAAAUAGAAUUUACUUUCAAAGCAAACAGAUAGAAAAAAGUUUGAUCCAUAUACAUUUGUAUAACUAUACUGACUUACUUUACUAAAAUUAGAUGACAGUUCCUUUACUUUAACUGAACUAAUAAAUAAUUAAAUUCCUUUUAUCCAAAACCUCAGAGACCAGUUCUUGUUCGGCUGGGAUUUGAGCCCGCAAUACCAUGGCACGUCUGGUUUAGCUUCUAACUUGUACUACUUCGUGUAAGGAAGCAUAAUAAUUGUUAUGGCGGGCCUUGGCCACAUUUUAUAUAAACAACCUGUACCGUAGAUCUUUCUGUGGUGCGUUCAUUGCUCUGUAUCUUUUGCGAUUAUACCUAAUUAUGAGAUGUCGAUCAUCGUAGCUUCGUCGAAAAGUAAGUACUUUUAUUUUACAAACUACAAAGUCGUAUUUUGAACAUGCUAUAGAUGACUUUCUUUAUUUAUAGAUAGGACUAUUCCAUAUACAGUAACAUGUACCGGUGGUAACCCCCCUAUCGAGUUCAAGGUUUUACUAUAUGUACCCCUGAGAAAUUCCUACUGUAACAAAGUAUGUCCCAUGAUGGUUUCCUGUUAAUAGCAGUUACCACUUUAAAAAUAAUUCAGCAUUUACCUAUAGAAUUUCAAUUUUUGCCUUUGACCCCUGAUGAAAUCUCAUUGAAAAUACCCAACACCUGAAUAAUUCCAUAGCCAGGAUAAUUUGUUUACUUCUGAGAAAUUCCAGGGCCAAAAAGCAACUUACCCGAGAUGAAUUCCAAGUUCAUUGAUAUAAUGCCUCAUAGAGACUCAAAAAGGAUCGUGCACUGAUUUAUACUAUAUCUUAUAUAUCCCCGGGCGUUUCGGCCUUUAGGAUACCGUUUCGGCCUUUAGGAUACCUAGUGUCCUUCACUAGGCUAGUGAGAGGUAUUCUGUACUUUUGCACUCGCCAGUUAUCAUGAAUGUAUCUUUGAUAAUAAGAUCUAAGUUUGAUUUCAUAUACAACAUUUAAUGGCGUGUGAUUGUCUAAUUUGAUUGAGUUUCACAAAGAAACACAUUGGAGAAGAUAGCCAGAAGGCUGCCUUAACAACAUAAUUUAGGUAAUUCUCAUUGGAAUAAUGUGUUGUAAUUCAUAUACAUAUAAACCCCAAAUAACCAAGCCUCAUUAAUACUGGUGAGAGAUGGUGCCCUAACAGCACAUGCCCUUGGUGUUUGUGUACAUGUAUUUAUGAAAAAAACAUGCAAGAAACUAACAAAUAAAUAAGGAAUAGACUAGUAUGGACGACAAACUCAAAGUGCAAAAUUGGGCAUGCUUGUGUGAGAUUAUGCGACAUUAGGCGAAAUUAGGCGACAUUAAGCAAAUAGACUGUCAGGCAAAGUUAAAAAAUUGGGUGCACAUGGGCGAAAGUGGGCGAAAUUAGGCGACAUUAGGCGACCUUGGCCCCCAAAGUAGGCCUACUUAUCAGGUCUGUUUGUUGAGGACGUUUUGAUGUCCAUAUAUAAUGCUUACAUUACAAUGUAUUGGACAGGAUACAGGUUUCCAGUUUUUGAUACAUGGAGAUCCUAGGAUGUUCCGAGGCACAAUUGCAUUCUUCUGUGGUGACAACCUUGGGUUACAGUUCAUUGGUGGCUUUAAAGAAGGAUCACGAGCACAUAGAGUUCGUGGGGAGUGUAUUGGCACUCAGAUUCAGAUUUCGAUUUGUGUAAGUGUAAAGAAAGUUGCUAGCAUUGUAUUAUUAUGGACCACAUUCGACAUGUACACAUACAGUAGGCUUUACCGAAAAAUACCGGGUUUUUUGGAAAGACGUUUUUUUCCCUGACGGUUUUUGGUUUCGGGUUUUUUCAAGAACCACCCCUGCCUACACACUGGUCAGUGGCGAAGCCAGCCCGACAAUUUGGUCAUGCUAUACAAAUUUCAAAUUAUUCAUUUCUUUAGAAAUUGAUUGUUUUCACGGUCUAUGAACAUGGAAAUAUUUGCAUAGCUAGACCAAAUGGUCGGGUUGGCUUCACCACUGACACUGAUAUAUUCAUCUAUUUAGUUCCACGAACAAGAUUUUGUUCUGAGAACUCCAACAGGCCAUGAUAGUCAGUGUAAUCGUGUCAAUGACGAUCCUUAUUAUUCGAAAGAUUAUGGAAUAAUCAGCAACUCGGUCCUUAACAAAUCCAGGUCUUUCCAUGCUAUUGGUGGCAUGCCUCCUGAUGCAAUGCAUGAUGUUUUGGAAGGAGUUCUUCACUACAGUGUUAAGGAAACUUUGAAAGCAUUGAUGUUUGAAAAAGGCUUAUUUUCUAUUGAUGAAAUGAACAAGUGCAUUUCUUCCUUUGAUUAUGGAUAUAAUAACGAUUUAAACAAGCCAGCACCACUCCAGCGGAGUCGUUUAACUUCAUCUGACCACAGUAUCAAACAACAUGGUACAGUAAAUACUACAUGAUUUAUUUUGCUUGUCGAAAUGCUCCUCCAUGUUGAUUGAACAUUUUUUGAUAAUUUAGCUAACCAAAUGUGGUGCCUGGCAAUAAAUCUACCAUUGAUGAUUGGUGGCCUAGUUCCAGACAACGAUGAGAACUGGGCAUUAUUCUGUGACUUGCUUGAGAUUAUUCCUAUUAUCUUUGCACCAACAGUAAGCCACAAUCUAUUUGCCUAUCUGCAAGUUUUAAUUCAGAGUCAUCAUGAGAAGUUCAAAGCAUUAUAUCCAGGAUGUCCAAUUAUCCCCAAAAUGCAUUACAUGAUACAUAUGCCAAGAGCAAUUUUGAGGUACAUAAUACUUUUUCAUAGCAAUAAAUUGAUAUUAUGUUGGAUGUCUACAUUGCACUCUAGUUAUAUUAACAGAGUUUGUUUCCUUAAGAUUUGGACCUCUUAUACGAAGCUGGUGUAUGCGUUUUGAGGCAAAGCACCAUGAAUUCAAACGACUGGCAGUCUUCAUGGGAAACUACAUCGACUUGCCAUACUCCCUUACUAAACGUCACCAAGAAGGCAUUUGCUACAGACUCCAAACAUUCGAUGGCAGUCUGUCAUCGUUUAUAACAAAAGGAAUUGAAACUGCCCCUCAUGGUGAGUAUUGAAAUUUUCCUUGACAAGAUUGUUAACAAUUUGGUAGUUCAUCAGUCUGAAAAAACAAGUAUUCCUUGUUGCCCACAUGCAAAAUUUUGAACCAGUCUCCUUAGCAAGAAAGAAAUGUCAAUUUCACGCAUAUACAUGAGCAACUAAAACUUGUUAAUGAAAGUUUUCAAGGGAAAUUAUACCGGAAUACAAGGCUAACAGCACUGUCAUACUCUUGAUGAUAAUUUUAUACAAAACUAAAAACUGUAUUUUUUAAUAAAAGCGAUGUUGCAUUUUGUUUCAUUGUUCUAUUCUUUGCCCAUUUUAGCCUCAUUCUCUCCGCUUUGCCUUUGACCUCAUCGUUUUUUCUGUUUGCAUACUGUAUAUGUUACAUAUUAUUUGUCGCCGCGCAAAUUUUGAAAUAUACCUUCCUUCUUCUCCUUGCAUGCAUGAAGAUACAGAUGGGUAUCUGUUCAUGGUACAAAGUACAAGGUUGGCUGCAUCCUACAGAUGGGAACUGAUGAAUAUGAUGUUCCUGUUUUUGGAAAAGUGGUUAAGAUAGGCACUGUAGAUCGAGAUAUCAGUGACAUCAUAUUUAUGCUAUCCCAACUGCAUACAGUUGAGUUUAAUGCCCACUAUCAAAGUUAUGAAGUAAGCCCAGCACUCAGAAGACAGUUGGUUUUGUUUCAUCAAAGUUAUUUGAACUGUUUUUGCCUCUCAAUAAAACUAAACCUUAUGGAGUAAGAACAAAUUACAGUUACAUAGUUUCUAAGUUUGAAAUUGUAACAAACUAAGAAUGUGGACAACUUUUUUCUAUACAGCAUCUAAUAUCAUUAAUCUGCUACGUGAAGUAGACUUGUGUCCAUAAUGUCAUUUUGCCAAGUGAUGAAUAAAUGUUGAUGUUUGUCUUUUUAAAAUCAUGAUGUUUGUGAUGUUACUCUGAGUAUGCAUGCAUCCACACGGGGCAAGCUGAAAAGUUAGCUUGGCCACGGUGGGAAUUGAACCCGCGACCUUUGGGAUAAAUAUAACCCCAACCUAGACUCAUAAUCCUUAAAUAAAACCCCAAACCUAGACUCAUAAUCCAUGCAUACAUUAAGGUAGCUCCCUACUGGUUUUUGAUUGAAGUGAAAUUUUUUAACAAAUUUUACUUGAUGAGAAUGCAAAUAGUACUAAGUUAUAAAAAUUACUAUCUGAAGAGUAUAAAUUUUUUACCAGAACUGAUGUGACUGUCGUUGCUAUGGUAACCAUAACGUCUCAAUAUGGCCGAUUUUUUCGCUUUAAACUAAUUUAACUCGAAAAAAGAACGGUCACCCCUACUUUUUAUAUUGUCAAAUGUUUUCAAUUAGAAUAAAUAAUUAUUUGGUCACUAACGUUUAACUAAAUUUACUAAAAAAAAAGAACGGGGAUCCCCACCUGCGGACAUUGCAAAUGUAUUCAACCGUUAUUUUUUCUCAGUCUUUAACACUGCCCAAUGCCACGAUUCACAUCGUCACCUCGACCAGGAAAACUAUAAUACCAUUGACACACUUCGGGAUAUCGUUAUUACGCCUGAGGAAGUUUACGAAUGUCUCUGCACACUAGAUCAGAAUAAAGCAUCAGGACCUGACAGAAUUCCAGCCACACUUUUGAGACACUGUGCUUCCAGUAUCUGCUCGUCUCUUUCUGAGCUUUUCAAUAAAACAUUGUCUAUUGGUAAGUUGCCAAAAGAAUGGAAACUGUCCAACAUUACGCCAAUCCCAAAGAGCGGGUCUUCUAGCAAUGUUACCAAUUACCGACCUAUUUCGCUUCUAUCACUUGUAUCCAAGGUACUUGAGAGAUGUAUCUACAACAGGCUUAUUGAGCACAUUGGAGAAAAAUUACAUCAUCUGCAGUUUGGUUUCUUGAAGGGCAAGUCAACUACUAGUCAACUCCUGCAGGUGUUACACGACAUUGGAAACAAUCUAGACAACAAGUGUCAAGUAGACACACUGUACUUGGACUUUGCCAAGGCAUUUGACAAAGUAAACCAUGAACUGCUGCUUUUCAAAUUGAAACGUUUUGGCAUCUCCGGUAAUCUCCUAUCUUGGCUACGUGAUUAUCUUUCUGGUCGCUACCAGAGGGUAACGGUUCUCGGCGAGACCUCGAAUCCAUUACCUGUCCUAUCUGGUGUGCCACAGGGAUCGAUACUCGGACCACUACUUUUCCUGGUUUAUGUAAACGAUCUUCCCGACUGUGUCUCAAGUUCUUCAUCAUUGGCAAUGUUUGCGGAUGACUCUAAAUGUUAUCAACCCAUUAAAUGUUAUGAGGACGCCGAAGUCUUGCAGUCUGACAUAAAUGCUAUUGACUCUUGGUGCAAGGAGUGGCAGAUGUCUUUAAAUCACUCUAAAUGUGGUCUCCUUCGCAUUACAAGAAAUUCUCAACCGAUCCAUUACUCAUACAACGUGGGAGGCAACUUACUUAAAACAAUCAACAAACAAAAAGAUCUUGGUGUUAUAGUCUCUAAAGAUCUUAAAUGGAGCCUCAACGUCCAAGCCGUCUCAAAUAAGGCCAACAAAAUGUUGGGGUUCGUAAAAAGAUCGUGUUUUCAUGCAAGUGACCCAAAAGUACGAAAGACCCUGUAUUUAGCCCUAG